GACGCUUCGGAUGUUGGCCGCGAGUGCUCUCCGCUUGGCGCGACUGUGAACGCCCGGAUGCGAGCGGGAUUAGCGUGGAUGCGCGCCACCACUGCCGGCUCGUGUUGUGUGUGAGAAGAAAGACGCGCUGUUUUUCGUGAACUACCGGACAGUGCUGGCGAGUCGUCGAUAAUUUUGGGGAAGUCUCUCUGCUUAGGAUCGUCGGUGGUUUUGUCGUUGCACAGAGCGCGGCAGCUUCCAAGCCGCCGCCUCCUCAAAUUCAGUUAUGGAUACCACCUGCCUCACGCCCAUCAUUCUCCUGCUGGCCGCUUUUUCGACGACGACAGUAGGCCAGAUCGAGACGACAACGGCACCGACCCCGACAACAACGGAAACUCCGACGCAAGACUUCCCGAACAAUUUCUUCGGGACAUCCUCAGAAGACAGUGCGCUCAGCGAUCAAGCAACAGCCAUCGAUAAGCUCACGGAUCUAACGGAUGGACAAUCUGCUACUUCGCCAACAAGCACUGGAAAUGGCGUUGGAGCAGCGUCACCUAAUGAUAUUUUCGGCACGGAAAAUCAAAAGCUGAAUGACAUAGAGGCAGAUAAACUGACAAAGACAGAAGUACACGCACAGCCGGAAAACGCCGCUGGUAUUGAUGUGCCCGCCUUGACGAGAAACGAGACUUCAACGGUGGCACCUACGCAUUCCCCAAUCACAGAGGCAGAACUAAGUCCCGCUAACGCUUUUAUGAGGCCUGGGUCAAUCGAAGAAGCGGCAUCCUCUAGUACAGGGGAGACGACUGUGUCUAGUCAAGAUGAUGGCGACGGUGUAACAAGUGCGUCUUCAGUUGAUACAGUCACAUCACGUGUAUUGUCCCCGGAAGUGACUACACCUUACGGUUCCGAUGGUGCCACAGAAACUGCAUUCUCGGCGACAAAUGCUCCAAACGCUUUGCAAGAGACGCCCCCCGAGUCUUUCGCUGCUCAGCCUGUGCAUCCCGUGCCCUUUACGCAAGCCGAUGUCUUGUCGCAGUCCACUUCACUGCCCAGCAAUUACGGUCCCCUGGCAACAGAUGGCCCAUUGGUGAUUUCCAGUGAGGGGGCAUACGCAGGCUAUCCGAACAACCCAGCUGAAUUGUCCACCGGUGCUGUGGUGCCUGACCAGGUACCAACGGGCCCUUUUCAUACACCGAGCAGCUAUGCUGUACCACAAAGAACGCAUAUUCCAACCUACUACAGUCCGAUUAGCACAAACGGUGGCAUCUUGCCCGGCCAUGCCACUGAUUACACCGGCCCAGACUACAGCUCUGGACUAAUAAGUAAUCGAGGAUCAACAUUGUUUGGCACCGAUCGAAGACCAACAUUAGGUGUUAGGUUUCCGUGGGUAAAUGAAGAUACAUCCACACAGGGUCAAGAUCAUAACGUGACUUCAGAACCUCCCACGCACACCACAACAGAUGCAGUACAGAACAGCGAUGAUGCGGCGUCGUUGCUGACGUUAGCUGGUGAGACCACAACUGAAGGAAGCACUAACGCAGUGCCCUUAACCACGGCCCAGUAUAUUCGCACUGGCGCUGCUGGGCCAACAGAAUCCUCGGAUCAGCCGGAAAGUAGAGACUCGCAACAUCAAAGUGAGCAUAUCAGCUCUACAGAUAAGUCACUUGACGAAGCAACAACCAUUAUAUCUGAUACCACAUUACACGACAGCGCAACUGAUGUACUAACUACUGAGUCAAGCAUGACACCGGAUAGUUUUGGGACUAGGGCAAAAAUGGGCAGGGCCCGAACCAUGGAUGGUGCAUCAGACCCUACUAAUAAUUAUGUAGACGAUACAGGGAAGCGGAGCGAAGGGACGUUGGUUGUCACACCGUCUUCGGAAACUGAAGAAAGUGUACUGACUUCGCAACCAGUUUCACCUAUUCAAUCGAAUUCAGAAAGUACCCCUUUUGGUACUGUUGCAAAUGAACCAACAACAACUUCUACUGCGGAACGCACAGAGACUUCCACAGGCAAAAUAGAACAUGCUACAACUGCCGACACGGCAACUUCCUCGACAAACAUUGCGGGGACCCCUGCUGUUGUUGCUACGCAGACCAGCAGUGAUGGCGUAACGGAAUCGCCUAUUACAAUGGAAACAUCUACCCCUGUCAUCACUGCCACUUCUGAUGCUACAGCUAUGUCCGAAACAACGACUGGGCAUUCAACCUCUACCAGUGAAGGCACACCACCAGAGACCACCAAGACUGAAUUGUCCCAAGAUCAAAUGAAAAUUACCACUUCAAAUCCUGAACAAGUGACCUCAAGUCCAAGUACAGACGAAACGGCAGAAAAGAACCCUGAUCAAGCGUCAAGUUCUUCUAUAGAUUUGUUGACCGAGGGUGUGACACAGCCAACGGUAGAAUCAGAGGUCUCUGACCAGCCUGCUAUGGGCGAUAGUAACGACAGUAGCACUCAGUCACCAAACAUAGUCUCUGAAACGCGAGAAGGCACCGACGCAGUGACGUCAGAAGCUGCCAUGACAGAAUAUUCAGUGACUCCUUCGGCUGAGACAACACGCGCAGAAACGUCUACAGGCGAAACAUCAACAUCAGAGGCCUCAGAGUUACUCACAAGGAAUAUUGCUACGACUACAGCCGCUGCUGUGACUGAGCAUUCAGCAAGCGAUGGCUCACAAGAUACACAAACAAGCCCUUCAGAUUCAGUUACAACCGAAAUGACUCAGCCAGUAGGUCGAGAAGAAUUGGCGACAGAAGAGAUGCGCAGUGCGCAGCAUACUACUUCGACCGCACAGGAAGAGCCAACUUCUCUUACUACCGAAGAGGUAACAACGUCGGAGCAGUCUCAGACCACAAAAUUACCGAUGUAUGAAGGCACGACUACAUCUUCACCGGAAAUUUCUAGUGAAGGUGAUGGGAACGCAGCUACGACGCCACCUGUAGUAUACAGACCAGACGACUCCACGACAUCACCUGCUGAGACCACAACAGUGGAAGCUGAGUCUGUAGUGCCAGGUGCGGACACUACAACAGCGAACGCCAAUAUCAUAACAAUAUCGACAGCCAGAACCACAGCGCCAACUUUAGAGACUACUACACCAACACCCGAAGCCGAGACUACAGCAGCACCGGCUGCCGUAAGUACAGUGCCGUCAACUACGGAGGCUACAAAAGCGCCAGCAGUUGAGACCACAUAUACACCAAUGGCUUAUACUAAGGAACUGCCUGUUGCCGAGACUACAGAACCACCAGCUGACGAGACCACAGAACCACCAGCUGCCGAGACUUCAGAACAACGUGCUGCCGAGACUACAGAACCACCUGCUGCCGAGCCCAAAGAACCACAAGCGGGCGAGACCACAGAACCACCAGCUGCCGAGAUUUCAGAACAACCUGCUGCCGAGACUACAGAACCACGUGCUGUUGAGACUACAGAACCACCUGCUGACGAGACUACAGAACCAACAGCUGCCGAAACUGCAGUACCACCAGCUGCCGAAACUACCUCACCGGCCUCAGAGCUUCCACCGCAGACUGUCGAAACCACAACAAAAACUGUGGAAACCACAACUGCCGUGAAACCUGAACGUGACACAACAACAUCAGUAGGUGAGGCCAUGAUGCCAUCAUCAGGCGCAGACUUCACGACAGGGGCAGUAAACGGUAUUACAUCGGCGACAGGAGUCAGAACUACAACACUCGCAAACAUCCAGACGACGGAAGCAUCCGGUGACGCUGGAGCAGAAGCGGAAGUGACAGGCAUUUCUUCGGCAAGCCGCAGUCCCAAGCAACUUGCUGAGAGCACGUCCGCCUCUCUUCCAGAGUGGAGCACGCUGCCUUCUGUUGAGCUCGACGACAAGCACAGCUUCACGACGGCCCCUGACCUGUUUUCAACGACGCAGUCAUAUACGAGCUCGGAAGCGAGUACGACACAUGCUCCACCUUCUGUAGAGCCUGUAGGCCGCGAGAUUACCGAAAGGCAACCAUGGAAUACAUAUCCUACGACAGUAUCCACUAUUCAGGAGUGGAAGCCGUCGACAGAGACGCCCUUUUACAAAUCAGGUUCGCCAACCAGUAGGACAACCGAAGGCGACGAGUCUUGCGUCAUUUUGGAUGGUUCUCUGCCGGUGCGGUGUCUUCUGCCUGAGGAGCUCAACCACACUGUUACGGUCAAGUUUGGCGAUCUGAACCGAACCAGGGAGGAAACAUUCCGCACAGAGACCAGACUCUGGCUGCUGGACUAUUGCAAUAAAAAUGGUAUCCCGCUUGGUGAACCGACAGUCGUGUUCCUCAGCGGAGACCACCACAUGGACCACAUCUCAUUCUUCGUUGUCAACAACACCAGAGGUUCUGUGGUUCCGAGUGACACAGUGGUUGCAGUCCUCAACAGCAUGAAGCUAACGUUUGAAGAUAGGCUGGGGACGGCGAUCACGGACGUUUUUUACGGAUUGCCCGUGCUGCACGAGAAAGAUGAGCCGAGCACAACUUUCCUAGGAUCAUCUCUAGGCCUCGUUUAUGUCAUCGUGGGAGCGGCUGUGGCAGCCGUGCUGCUUCUGGCUCUGCUUGUGGUAAUCAUGGUCAAGUGCCGAACGCUAUCCUCCAACCAAUACUCGCCCGAUUCGGAAAAGCUGACCAAGGACUUGCAGAUGCGUGCUGAGAUGGGCGACCUGCGGCCGGCCGAUGAGAUCCUCAAGGAAGAGGCUCAGCUAAAGGAGUCCAUCAACGGCAACGGCACACACAUCAACGGCGACGGCUGGGUGGUGCCAUACUCGCAGAUAGUGAACGAGCGCAAGGAAAAGCCUGACGCGCAGGACACGCGGCUCUGAAGCUCGGUUUUUGUCGCACCGCUGGAACGAGAUCUCCAGGGUACCGCAAGCGGCUGUUAGGCAAUGCUUGGACUAAUGGCCUCGGGUGUGAAUACGCUUGAGCACACAGGAAGUACAGAAGAAGAAGAUGGGUAUCAUCUAGAGCAGUGCAAGAAUUCAGUGUUGAAAGAAUUGUCAGUAGCCGUGCCAAUUAUAAAUUGCAGGUUUCGUAAAAUUGCAUUCAGCUCAAUUACAUUGGAAGUAGAUUAAAGUGUGUGCACAGUGAGGACAAUUUCAGAGAAGCUUCAGAAAGAUGCUUCUGAAGUUCUUUCAGACAUAAAAAAAGAGUAAUUGAAUAGUGCCAGGCAGGGAGCUUCAACCCCGUAUAAAUUAAGAAAGCAGGUCUGUAGGCACAAAACAAAAAACCAUAGUGCACAUAGCCCGAGUGCUGAUAAAAAUGGCGCAAUAACUUUGUGGCCUUGGCAAAUUGUAUCAACAUGGUGAGCUUACCGAACAUAGAUUCAUCACGCAUCGGCAGAAAAAACGAAUGGUACAGUGCAGCGGAGACACUGUAUUGAAUUUCGAUUCCACUGUAUUGAAUGUCCUACCACCCCGAGCAGCAAGUGGUCAUUCCGCUUUAACUUCAUACCAGCAGCCAUAAGUCAUUUAAGCAUUGCCGCAGCACGCACGCGGUUCCUUGAAAACCUACUCCAGUGAUUUAGACCUUUCUGGAAGUGCAAGCAACGUCCUCCGCAUGCGGCUUCAAGAUCCCUGCACCGCGUGACGUGGUGUCCAUCUUCAAACAGUGUGUCUUGUGGAGCUGCACAGGGUGUGCACUGUCCCGCUGGUCACAUGCAUCACAAGUAGAACUAUGACCCUGAACAUUACUGCAGUGUUACAGUGCAGCGACAACGCUAUUGCUGUUACUGUAUGCCGAAGAGCGUAAAAGCCGCUUGGGACUCACACACAUGUGUAACUGUGUGAAAAUAUGCCGCUGUGUCAUCACAGCGCAAUGUGACAAGAGACCGUGGCAGGCUGGCCUCUUGUCAUUCAGCGUGUCUUUAGUGUAUGGGGCUUCGCCUACAUGGAAGCAAAUCGGGUGCAUCCGAAGCACUGUCGUGAUGAAUGCCGCAUUGCGCGACAUACUUCCGUAAGUUAUGAUGAUGAGGAAAGAGCGUGCCGACACAUUCCAGUCAAGUAUAUUGUGUUUCUUUUUUCUUGCUUGUGCUUAAAAGCUGUUGAAUAAGCACUGUCCCUGGAACCAAAUGUAUUGACAGUAGGCAAGGGGACUUGUUAUCGUCAAGCUCCUCAAGAAGACAUGUUCACUUGCCUUACUGGCGUAACCUUUGUCAACAGUGACAUUAUUUGUUCGCAGAGUUCACAACAUCCAACCUCUAUCGUCAUUAGAAGAUCUGCCUGAGUCACAUUUUUUUCUCGCUCUUGCUAGACUUUCAAUUAGUGUAGGCUGAGAAGUGGUAAAAAAAUGCUUUCUUCUUUAGUGUUCUUCGUGAGUUAUUACCUUUGUGUGGGGAAUAGUAGACAUCGCUUUCUUGUCCUUUAUUGUGCUGCACCCCAACACCGAAGAGGGCGCUGACUUGCAAGUUGUUACGAAUGACUGUAUAGAUUUCUUUGAAAGGGUGCGCACAAAGAUUCCCGGUGGAAACGAUUUAUGCGCUUGUAUGCAUUGAGCGGUUUACACUUUAUAGCAAAUCGUUUAGGUUGAAGCAAGAUAGCGGAAAAAUAAAUUGAAAACGACCCAUGAGAUUCUUAUCAGCUGCAUAAUUCAUACAGCACAAGCUUAUCAUGACAAACUGCUGUAGAAAAUUUUAUCAAACUAGUGCUAAAGUUUUUGUAACCUUCGAAACUUUAUAUUGAACGCUUGUUGUCUCCAGAAAAGUAUAAUGAGUGUAAAUGCUGGAAAGUAUCGCGUGAAUGCUAAAAAUAAAGUGUUGCUUUAUAUUCGGCAAGGUAGAUCACCAAAUUAAUUCCAAAGGUGUGCAACUUCUUGUUCAUUUGCUACUAGCAAAUUGUCUUACUUUACAUGUUUACUCCUGUUCUUUAUUGUGUGCGUAUUUGGAUAAUUCGUACUGGGUAGCAGUGUAUUGUGUUUUAAUUGCAAUCAGUGAAGUAGAUUACCCUAAAUAUCAUCGUGCGAGUUCUAUUUAGCAUAAAAAUAUGCAUCAUAGUAUAAACCUUAGCAACAUAUCUUUCUGCAAAACUACCGUUUGUGUGAACAUAUGGUGAUCAUGAAUUUACUAACCUUAGAUGAAGUGUUAAAUACAUUAUAGCCAGUGUUGUUUUCAUAAUUGCUAAAAUAGCAACAUAGAAAAGUAGAUGUCUGAGGCAGUUAUUCGGAUUCUGGUCGUGGCUACCAGAUUGGAGGCUGUGGUGUUCCAAAAUUUCAGGUUAGUCUACACUUUGCAAGCACAUACAUUUAGUUAAUACAGUAUGAUUUUUUAUUCACACUGAAGAGUGUGCAAUCUGCAAGAAAACUGCCUUAAAACUAUUUUUUGUCCGCUUGUUAGAACUGGAGAUACUGAAUAUCUGUGGUAACCACGCAACAAUGCCGUGCAAGAGUUCUACCACUUGAUGGGUAACAAAUCCUGUGGCUAUUCAAUUUGUUUCAGACUGCUCUCUGUUUUCCCGUUCUUUUGACUAUUUGUUGCAAAAUUUUAUGAAGGUGAAAACAGGCACGUCUAUAAAAGUUGACCAUCUGCUCCAAAAGUAUUACGGGUGACCAAAUGUGCAAUUUUUCCGACUGUUGUUGCCAAAUACUUUGUGACAGUUCACAAUGGCAAUUAGCUUAAAAUGACCUAAUAUAUAGGUGGCAGUAGGAGGUGAUAUGCUAUUUUUAUAAAACUUUAUCCUAGAAGGCAUAUACCACAGUAAUUCAUUACACGUUAUAAUACACAGAAAACGCAAUUGAUAUUUCGCACUUCAAUCCUCAUUUCAUUCCCAACUCCUCGCAUGAAACAUCAACAGGAGAACUAUAGACAACCAUGCAGAUGCGGGCUACUACUACAGGUGUGUACACAUUUUAUGGCAGUCAAGAUUACACGAGAUCGCAACAUGAAUGUCUUAACAUUUUUCAGCAAUCUCAAAUACUGAUUUGCAGAGAUGUAAAGGGACCAGUGCGGCUAUGUACCAGUUAACCUCGUAGUCACAAUAAUGGCUCAUCAGUCACUUUGAACGUGGCUUGCGUGUAGUCACUGUUCUUUAAUUCUUGCCAGAGGAGUUUAGUUCUCCUGUAUAUAGAUUUUGAAAGUGUGGUAGUGUACUUUUGUAACUUUUUAAACUUACAACUUUACUAUUCUUUGCAAUGUGUGUAAGGAUACCUACCAUUUCUAUGCUCCUCGCCAUUGUGUCUUCUCUAUUCAAACAGGUAGGCUUUGGGAGUGUGACAUCACUAAAGCACUUACAAGACUUACCUGGUUUUAGCACUCACUCAGCAUUUGUCUUAUACACAUUCAGAGUGCCUUAUUUUUUGCUGAGUAGCUUACAGCACAGGUAACGUUUUUGCAAUAUGAGCAAACGAACCUUAGCGACGAGGUUUUACGUGAAAGAUGCAAACCAAAAUUGUAUUUGUGAUUGGUAGUACACUUAUUUUCGUUUAGCUGCUUUUCGCGCGCCAUAUUGUGCCAAAACUUGAGGCUUAUCUCAGUUUCAAAGUGGCACUUGUUGUGAUCCUUGCUUAGUCACUUUACCCAAGGAUGGGCUCAGUGAACAUCUCAAAAGCUUAUGCUGUUCGCACAGUGCUUAAACACAGUGUAACUGACAAGGAACAAUGCAAAUGGCGAUCGAUGUUUUGCUGCAAUACAUGAUGAGGUGGUGUGCCACAAACCGUUGAAUGUUUUCUUGGACAAACUGAAUGCGCAUGGCGUCAGCGUCUUACACUAACAAAUCAAAGUGCCCAUGUCAUUGCAUUUCUGUUCUGUUCCUUGACCAAGAUAUGUAUAUAGUGAAAUAAAGGUUGUUUCAAAUAA